AUGGCUCCUGUUUACACUAACUCCAACGGAUGUCCAAUCCCAGAACCAUUUGCUACUCAAAGAGUUGGCCAACAUGGUCCAUUAUUAUUGCAAGAUUUCAAUCUUAUUGAUUCUUUAGCACACUUCGACAGAGAAAGAAUCCCAGAAAGAGUUGUGCACGCCAAGGGAUCUGGUGCUUACGGUUACUUUGAAGUGACUGACGAUAUUAGUGAUGUUUGUAGUGCUGCAUUUUUGGAUACUAUUGGUAAAAAGACCAAGGUUUUAACCAGAUUCUCCACCGUUGGUGGUGAAUCUGGUUCUGCUGACAGUGCUAGAGAUCCAAGAGGAUUUUCUACUAAGUUGUAUACCGAGGAAGGUAACUUGGAUUUAGUGUACAACAACACCCCAGUUUUCUUCAUUAGGGACCCAUCCAAGUUCCCUCACUUCAUCCAUACCCAAAAGAGAAACCCAGAAACUCACUUGAAGGACCCAACCAUGUUCUGGGACUACUUGACUUCUAAUCAAGAAUCCAUCCACCAAGUUAUGACUCUUUUCUCCGACCGUGGUACUCCAGCUAGUUACAGAGAAAUGAACGGUUACUCUGGUCACACUUACAAGUGGUCCAACAAGAAGGGUGAAUGGUACUACGUCCAAGUCCACUUCAUCUCCGAUCAAGGUGUCAAAACCUUGACCAACGAAGAAGCAGGCGAAUUGGCAGGUUCCAAUCCAGAUUUUGCUCAAGAAGACUUGUUCAAAGAAAUUGCCAAGGGUAAUGCGCCAUCCUGGACUUGUUACAUCCAAACCAUGACUCAAGAACAAGCUAAGAAGGCACCAUUCUCCGUCUUCGACUUAACCAAGGUCUGGCCACAUAAGGAUUACCCAAUGAGAAGAUUCGGUAAAUUAGUCUUGAACGAAAACCCAAAGAACUACUUUGCCGAAAUUGAGCAAGCUGCAUUUGCACCUGCUCACACCGUUCCUUACAUGGAAGCUUCUGCUGAUCCAGUCUUGCAAUCAAGAUUAUUCUCUUACGCUGAUACACACAGACACAGAUUAGGUACCAAUUACACCCAAAUUCCUGUUAACUGUCCAAUCACUGGUCGUGUUUUCAAUCCACAUAUGAGGGAUGGUGGUAUGAAUGUUAACGGUAACUUAGGAUCACAUCCAAACUAUUUAGCCACUUCCAAACCAGUUGAAUUCAAGAAUUUUAGCAUACAAGAAGAACAAGAAGUUUGGGAAGGGGCUGCUUGUCCAUUCCACUGGAAAUGUACUGACAAGGAUUACUCCCAAGCUACUGCUUUAUACAAUGUUUUAGCUAAGUAUCCAAACCAACAAAAGAACUUAGCUCACAACGUUGCUGUUCAUGUUUCUGGCGCUGAAACUCAUAUCCAAGACAAGGUCUUUGAUAUGUUCGCAAAGGUCCACCCAGAAUUAUCCGCCAACAUUAAGAAGGAAGCUUUACAACUUUCUCCAAGAAAGUAA